AUGGAUUCUGGCAAGGACCAGCAGAAGAAGGAGGGAGAGAAUCAAUUCUCCAUCCAACCCAUCAAGGACAAAAUCGACGCCAAAGCUGCUCCGUUCCUCGCUCAUCCUGGCCCGCCCAGGACCAAGGAGAUGCCCGAGCAAGAGGGCAGCAAGGAGGACCGCCAGGCGCGAAAGGAGGCCUUGAACAAAUAA